AUGCGCUUCCAGCAAAGCAUCCUCGCUUCCCUCGUCCCCGGCCUUGUCGCCGCUAUUGCCCCGCCGAACAUCCAGGGCAUGGACAUCGUCUUCUCCGAGUCUUUCGAGGGGGAAGCAGGCGCCUCUCCCAACGGUGACACAUGGAAUAUCAUGGAUGCCAUCAACACCAACAACGAAGUCCAGACGUACACCACUUCGAACCAGAACGUCCAGAUCAGCGGCGGCGGCACCGUUCAGUUCGUUCCCCGGAAAUCGCCGUCUGGCCAUUGGACCUCGGGACGUAUCGAGACUAAGGGAUCUUGGACUCCCAAAGCCGGCAAGGUCUUUAGCAUACAGUCAAGCCUCUUGUUAGGAAAUAACCCUAACAAGCAGGGUAUCUGGCCUGCCUUCUGGGCUCUUGGCGAUGCUAUGCGCCACGGUACCCAAUGGCCCGCUGCCGGAGAAAUAGAUAUCAUGGAACAGGUCAAUGGACUUCUUACCGGCUAUGGUACCGUCCACUGCGGGUCCGCCCUCGGCGGUCCUUGCAACGAGCCCAUCGGCCGCGCCGGCACAACUCCUAUGUCGCCCGACGGUUUCCACACCUGGGGCGUUACGAUCGAUCUCACAAAUGACGACUGGCGAGCGCAGACCAUUACAUGGCACCUGGACGGCAAGAACUACAAUACUCUCACCGGAGCUGAUAUCAACGAUGCGCCCGUCUGGUCUUCUCUAGCCCACAGCCCCUUAUACGUCCUCCUCAAUGUUGCUGUCGGUGGUGACUGGCCUGGUCUACCCAACUUAGCUACGCAAGAUGGCUACGGCAGCAUGAUGGAAGUUCAAUGGGUUGCCGUCUACUCGUCUUAG